GUCAAGGCGACUCCCUCGGUCGCUUCCUGCUCGGCGGUCGCGUCGGGUUCGGGAGGGGAGUCUCCAAGGCGCAGGCGCCGUCGGGGAAAGCGAAAAGCGGAAAAGGCGACGAGUGGCUCGCGGCUUCUGGGCCGCCGGAGACAGCAGGUAACUGGUUAAAUGCAACUGUGUCAGUAACGUAGGAAGGGUAAACAUGCGAAUAGCAGUAGGAGCUGCAAAAUUGGUGGUAGCAGUAGCUGUGUUCCUGCUCACAUUUUAUGUAAUAUCACAAGUAUUUGAAAUAAAAAUGGAUGCCAACCUAGGAAACUUGUUUGCAAGAUCACCACUGGAUGCUCCUCUCCGUUCUACAAAGCCCCCAAGAUAUAAAUGUGGAACUACAAAAGCUUGUCCAGAGAAUCAUUUUGCGUUCAAAAUGGCAAGCGGAGCAGCCAACGUAGUUGGACCCAAAAUUUGCGUAGAAGAUAAUGUGUUGAUGAGUGGAGUUAAAAACAAUGUUGGAAGAGGCAUUAAUUUAGCUUUGGUAAAUGGCAAAACCGGUGAAGCGUUGGACACAAAGUACUUUGACAUGUGGGGUGGAGAUGUAGCUCCAUUUAUUGACUUCCUGAAGACAAUUCCAGAUGGAACGAUUGUAUUAAUGGCAACCUAUGACGAUGGUGCCACUAAGCUUAAUGAAGAAGCACGGAAACUAGUAGCUGAAUUGGGAAGCACGUCCAUCAUGACCCUUGGCUUCAGAGACAAUUGGGUUUUCUGUGGUGGGAAAGGAAUCAAGACUAAAAGCCCAUUUGAGCAGCAUAUUAGAAACAACAAAGAUACAAACAAAUAUGAAGGGUGGCCAGAAGUCGUGGAAAUGGAAGGCUGCAUCCCCCAGAAGCUGGACUGAAGGAACCGUCAAAUGGACAUGUACAAUGCAACGAAUGAAGGAGGGGAAAAUGCACUUUCUGCUGCUGUUGGCUAGCGGGUUUUGGAGGGAGAGUACUGUGUAUAGACACAUCUCAUCUAGGGGGGGUCUCUUGCACAAGGCCCAUAAAAAUGAAACGGAGCUGCACAGGAGCACGACGAAUCCGGCCAGUUCAUUUAAAUGGGGCUUGCGCAGGAACAUCUCCAGCCGGAUCGUGCCCCGUGUAAAUACAAGCAUGUUUCCACCUUAGAAUGUGCAUGAGCAUUGAUAUGAACAUCUGGCUUAUUUAUUGGUAAAACAGAGAGAUCCGUCUCUUUUUUCUUUCUUUUGUAAAUAGGCCCCAAACGAACAAAAAUGAUUAUUUUCUUCCUCUUUCCUCUCCCUCCCUCUUUUCCCUUUACUUGUUUCUGAAGCACAACGUUCAGAUUAUUUUAUGGUAAAUGUCUUUAGAACUACCAACACAGGUAAUUUUACACACGCCCAAUAAAUGGUUGACUUCCUCCUGAGCUAUGUUGUACUUUGCUCAAAUCUCAAACAAUGGCAUUGCUACAAGUGGGAUAUGUAAAUUUUAGCCAAAAAAGAAAAAAAAGGAUACUGAAUUGUUUUUAUGCUCUGUUAUUCUGAAAGCAGCAUUCUUCUGCAAUCCCCUUCAAACUUUCAAAUAGCUAACGGCUGAGUGUUUGAUUAAAAAAAAAUGUAGGCCUGCUAGAAGAAGCACAAUUAAACCUUUUUGAUUAAA